AUUGUUGGGAAAUCUGAUGUUCUCAUAAUGAGCUCAGAGGAGGAGGAGCGCAGACCGGAAUCAACUUCUACUUCCUACUUUAUGAAAAACACCAUCACUGCGUUUGUCACGCACCUUUCUGCGCCUUUUACGCACUUUUCUAAGCCAGAUUCUGGGGAGUCCGACUUGGUUCCGAUUUGCUGUCAUUUCUUUUCGGAUCCCAUGGAUAAUUAAAACUGAUCGUCUGGCUUCAGUCAGUCUAAUUCUUAUUCGGGGUCGUUAAUCACCGGGACACUUUGGAGGAGUUCCCGGACCACCCAGACAGAACCGGACCCGGUCCACCGCUUCAUGCUUACUGCGGCUGUGGAGCCCUGAUAGGCGGUUAAUCAGCAGAGCGCCGGUGUUUGGGCAUAACACCGGACUCCUGCUCCUGGGAGGAAGGCAGGAGGAGUCCCGACGGUCCGAUCCGGUCCUGGUUCUGGUUCAAACAAUUAUCCGGGUCCUGAUUAGCGCCGAAAGGUUCAUCUUGACCAGACCGAACCCAUCUACCUGCAGCUAAUGGCGUCCUUCGUCCUCCUCUUCCUCCUGGCUGUGACGGGCGGCGCUGUGUGUCAAUCCAGCGAUUCGACAGAACCCAUGUGUUACGACUGGGGCGAGUCCAGUGAGGGGGCGGUGUCGGUUCUGGACGGCGAGGCCGGUUCCAUCUCCUGUCCUCUCUUCUCUCAUCCCUCCGUCUACAACUACACAUCAGCCCAGAGCGCCGGACACAACCUGUUCUGGUACCGCCUGCUGGAAGGCCAUGACCUGGAGCAGCCCAUCCCCUACAGCCCGCGCCUCAGCAGAGACAGGGAGAGACUGUGGCUGCAGCCGGCCGUGGCCAACGACACGGGGCAGUACAUCUGCAUGCUGCGCAACAAGUCCUCUUGCAGUAAGAUCGCCAUGCGCCUCAAGGUGCUGCGGCGGGACGAGGUGAUCCGAUCCACCUACUGUGACCUUCCGGUCGCCACGGCACCGACUCAGGAGCUGAUCCCAAUGCAGGAAGGGAAAACGCUGGAUUGUCCGGACCUGCAGGACAUCGCCAAGGUGUCUGAAAGCGAGCCGACUGUCAAAUGGUACUACGAGAAUUCGAAGUGCUAUGAGUACCCGUUUUGGGAUAAAGACCGGGAACAGCAAAGAACCCGCCUGCGGUUCUACACCAUGCUCACCACAUAUCAGGGUCUGUACUUCUGUACGGUGCAGUACCAGCGGAGAGGCAGGAUGCUCAACUUCACCAGGAGCAUCAACGUCUCAGCCAUCUAUCCUUUAAGAGUGCGCAAAGAGCCCACCAUCCUCCAUCCGACCAAAGACAAGGUCUUCUCUGUCAGAACCAACACGGACGUGCGUCUGGCCUGCAAAGGCCUCCUUCCUCUUGUCCUGCACAACACUUCCCGGGAGAUUUGGUGGACGGUUGACGGGAAGAGAGUGACUGCAGCCAAUGAUCGCUUCUCCCAAAUAAACAGCCUGGAGAAAAACGAUUACGGGGACCUGACAGAGGAAAGCGUUUUGGUGAUUGAAGACUUUCAGCCAGAAGAUCUGAAGCGGGAGUUCAACUGCUCUGUGAGAAACGCAAAGGGCUUCGAGACCCGCAGAGCUCAACUGCAGGAAGAGGUGUCGCUGCCCACCGUGGAGCUGGGUUGUGGUCUGGGCAUCACGCUGCUCCUCAUGCUGCUUCUCUUCAUGAUUUAUCACGUCUUCUGGCUGGAGCUGCUGCUUCUGUACCGCUCCUGGUUCGGCACGGACGAGCGGCACACAGAUGAUAAGGAGUUUGACGUCUACAUCUCGUACGCGAGGAACAGCGAAGAGGAGCAGUUUGUUCUGUCAACGCUGCGCAAUGUUCUGGAGAACGUGCUCGGAUACUCGGUGUGCAUCUUUGACAGAGACAGUCUCCCCGGAGGCACCAUUACAGAUGAGACGCUGAGCUUCGUGGCUCGCAGCCGGCGCCUCCUGGUGGUCGUUAGCCCUGGCUACGCCUCCCGGGGCUCCCAGGCCCUGCUAGAGCUAAAGGCUGGGAUCGACAGCAUGGCGCUGGACGGGCACCUGAGGGUGAUCCUGAUCCAGUACAAGCCAGUCCAGAGACAGAGCUUGGUCAGGGAGCUCAGGAGGGCCCGGGUUGCUCUGGCGCUGGUCCGCUGGCAAGGGGAUAAGUCCAAAGAACUGACAUCUCGCUUUUGGAAGAGGCUGAGAGUGGAGCUUCCUGUGAGGAAAGUUAGUGGGGACGGUAAAGGGAGCAGUAGAGAGGGGGCGCUGCUGAGGCUCAUCAGUCAGAACAGCACAAACUCCCAAACGGGCCUCAUCAGUAAUGAAAAAAAAACCCCGCAGAAAGUCUUUAGCUCUGCAGCGUAGCGCAGGUGACGCUUCUGAUUUUUAUUCCUUCAAAACUGAACUGUUGUACAUAGAAACAAUAUUGAGCUGAAACCAAUGGAGAGUCAAUAUAGUCCUCAGUGGUUUUGGGAAGUACAAUCUAAGCCAAGAAUAGAUUAAAAUGUUCAUAUAAUACAGCUGUUCCCCAAGUAGAGGAACUCAUAAAAGAAAAGUUUGGGAACCACUGCUGUAGUACAUUUUAUCAGCCGGUCAAGUAAGAACAGAAACACUUCUGGCCUAUUUAAAGCUUAUCCCAAGUUAAACCAAAGUCUCUAUCAGUUUGAAAUGUUGGGAUGUCAGAAGAGGAGAUGUUUACUGCAGAGGCCAUCUUAAUGUUCAGGAUAGUCACUUUGAUGGUGUUUGGUAGCUUGUUCCUUCAUGGCAACACCUGUAGAACACUUUGUAUUGAGGUACUGAAAGGACAAAGGUACAAGAAGAUGUUCCCGAGAAGAGCACAGAGGUGGAAAAGGAGCAUAUGUCUCUUCUUAGCGUAAACACCUGCUGCAGACCCAUAACUUUGUCUUAGGUACUGUUAGAGAUUAGGUUCAGCCAGCUAUGGCAGCCAGAGGGGGAGUUAAGGGCUGAAUGGUCUACUAUAUGAUUGAGUUUUUUAAGGAGUUUCAUUGUUUUCAUGACCUGCUUAGGGAUAAUUGUUGCUCAUAUCAAUUGCUGGGAUUGCAAAUCAGGCUGGCAAAACCUGAUUUCAACGAUGGAAAGAGAAGAAUGGAGUAUUUAUCGUCCCUAAGUCUUUAUAUUCAUAGCAAAAAACUGUUAAUCAGAACAUUUCAGGGUUUUUCUGUUCAUGUGGUAUUUGACAGUAUUUGUCAGUAGGUAUGAAUGUUAUUUGAAUAGACUGGAUAUUGAUUAAUAGUUAGUAUCAUGAAUAAUGAGUAGAGCUGCAUAUCAUCAGCAUAAAGCAAUAUCUGGAGUAAAAUAAGCAAAUAACACCCAAAGAUCAGGAGAUUAUUACGAAUAAAUCGGUAAUACCAAGAUUCUACCUCAUGGUGGCGCUGAAGGAGUGUCCACCAAUCUGUUUAAGAAAAAAUGUCUUUCUCAUCCAAAUAUUUUUACUCGUUAGCUUAAAUGUUCUACCUUUCUACAGUUCUUACUUUAGGUUUCUACAGUUACCUAAAUGUUUUACAUUUUGGCGCAGGACUUUUAGUUUGUUUCUGUUUCUAAGUUGGAAAAUUAAUAAUAUAUAAGCUUCAUCUGCUUUUGUUUUAACAUAAAUCAGCCCUUUGUUCAGUUUGAAUAUUUCACUGUUGAUCCUUUUUGAAUUCUCUCGGCCUGCUGGAUUUUGAAGCGGAGCCAGAUUGAAGUUGAUCCCGGUCUGUUGGCUCUGAGAACAGUCUACAGGAUUUCUGGGGUUCAGAUGUGUUUUCUCGACCACUGAUCCAAAUUAUGAAUGUUAAUAUUUCACACAGUGAAAUGCAGAGAUUGUCAUGGUAGUAAAAAAAGCCAGAAAAACAAAACACUGUGCUGUUUCUAAACAAUACAACUUCAAAUCUGAACUGACCGCUAAUAUCAAUGUAGCAACGUUUGAACCCGACUAUAGAAAUCCUGCCAGCAAGGCUAAAAAUCCACCACAUUACCCAAAUAAUAUUUACUCCUCAACAUGAACAUGAUUCCACAGGAGACACUCCUCCCUCCCUCUCUUCAGCUCAGCGCUCCUCUCAUGUAGCUUCUGCAGCCUCCUUCAACUUGGCCUCAUUACCCAAUCAACGAAUCGUCAUCAAUCACUUUCAUCUGCUCAUUAUCCUCUCAUGUCCAGUAUGUUUUAAAUGCAAUAUUUAGUGUAUGUUAUGACAAGUAUGAAUAGUCAAUUAAAGCUAAUUUAAAAGUUUACAUUUAAUUUCACAAAAGGAACCUUCCUGUUUGAACAGAAAGGUGAUUAUAUGUUCUAAAAGUUGUGUUGCAUAAACAUGUUAAUGUUGCUAUAUGAGAAAAGAUGUAUUUCUGGUCUUUAGGAUGAAUUGGUUUUGUUUUUGUCACCACCUGUUGGCCGUUAGAGGAACUUUUUGUAUAUUUUAGUAAUUGUUUAUAUAUUGUGUUUCCUUUUAUUGAUAACAUUUCAUCUUACCCUAUGAGAACAGAAAUCACCAUAAAGAUAAAGGACGGUGUCAUCUGUAUAGAGUAGCAGUUAAUGAGGAAAUUAGGGAAAACCUGACUCUUAAUGGGGCUUAGUCCACUGCAAAUACUGCCAUUACUGCAGGUUCUUAAUGCCCACAGUAAAUCAGUUAUUCAAAAUGAUUUUUCAGGUUAAAAACAUGCUUUUCUGUUUUUCUAUUUCUUAAACAUGCUAUGCUGUUUUAGAAUUUGACAACUCUGUAUUGUUUUCCAAGAAGGGAUUCUGCACUUUGUCAUAAGAUGAAUAUAAAACAAAUCAUGUUUUUUAUUGUUUUUCCAUCAUGUUGUUGCAAAUAAUUAAAGAAA